GUACCAAAUAAACGAUUUCUCUCCAACAACCAGGUUCCUAUUGUCAGCCAUGAAGCCUGAGCUCCUGGUGAAAGAGGACAACAACGAGCUGAAGUGUGAACUCCAGAGGAAGGAGGAACUCCUGAGGAGGCACUACGACAAGAUCAGCCAGUGGCAGAACUUGCUAGCUGAUUUGCAGGGCCACACAGUGUACAACAAGUGCCAACAGCAGCCGGCGCAACAGAGCGUACAGCAGGCCGCCUCCCCCGCCCCCCGCCAGCCGCCUAGUGUCCAAGCUGUGCAGGCGCAGCAAAUGGCAGCGGCGGCAGCGGCGCAGCAAGCAGCAUUGCAGCAACAGGCGGCCUUACAGCAGCAACAGGUACCGCGCCCGCCGCACCCCCCAGCGUACCCCGCCGCCGGCCCGCGUCGGUAGGGACGUGCAGGGCCGUAGUUAGGGGGCGUUGGGGGGCAAUUUGGUAGACUGAUGCAGGGCCGUAGUUAGGGGGUGUUGGGGGGCAACAGACGUGUUGACACCACCAAUCAAUUGACGUACUUUUUAAAACUGUCAAAACGAAACUCUCCCAUAGAUUUUGUAUGGCACUACAAGCAAGUGACGUCACUAUUUUGUCAACUCUAAUAAACUACUUUUUUCAUUUACAAUGCGACCUAAUUUAAAAUUAAUGAAGUGUCUCUUUAGAAAAGUUGUGAUUUCGAAUUAUUGGGGAAUGGUGUCAAAUUGUCUAUUUGGUAGUCGUGACGUAUGCAGGGCCGUAGUUAAGGGGCGUUGGGGGACAUUAAGGGGAAAUAACUGAAUCUGAUUGGUUAUUCAAAACACGUCUUUGGUGAAAACCAGACCUGAGACAAGACACGCGCGGGAUUUUCCAUGUUAAUACAAACUUAGCAAUGAUGAUUGAACUUUAAAACCAAUACAAUUUAAGGCAGAUUUUUCAAUCGUCGGAUAUUUUUUCUAUAAAAAAAUAAAAUUGUCAUUUCGACAUAGUCACAGAUUAAAUCUGUGGACAUUGUAUUUCCCACGCAGAAACUGUUAAUAGGCCAAUUUUUUUUUUAGAUAAAUGUUAUUCGAUGGUUGAAAAAUCAGGUCUUAAAAUCUCAUCCACAAAUACAAAAACUUGUGGGGAAUUUAAUAACUAAAAUCUCGUAUGUACUAUGUACCUGCAAAUACAAUCAUUAAAAUGUUGAUGUUGAAUAUUUAAAAACGAAAAAGUAUUCACAUAGAUGUAUGUAUUUCUCUAUAAGUACCACUUUAUACCUAACAUUAAAUAAAUCUAUUUUUUAAGAAAUUUACCAGUUGAAUGUUAUUAAAAAAAGUAUUUUAUUUAAUAGUUUAAAAAUGUUAAAGUAUAGAAAAUCUGCCAAAAGCUUUCAUGUUGAGAUAUAAAAUACUAAUUUUGAUAAACUUUUGAAUAUUAAAAAUUGUCCAGAAGGUAUAGUUUAACAUUUUUG